UCGCGCGGAGGCGGGGAAAUGGAACUCUGGUUUUCUUUGCGUCACGCGAGUGAUUACAAGGAGCCGCAGUCGGAUGAUGAUGAUGUGCUUUCAAAGUGCCUGUAGCGUCUAAUAAAGCACCCCCCCUCCCCCAUCCCCCUUCUGAGUGUUAUGCGUUGGCUGGGGCUUAUAAAGCAUCUCACACUUCCUAAAUAUCAUGAUCCCGCACAGGUUCAUGACUGUAUUCAGUUGCCAUACACCGGCACUCAGUCAGGAAGAAGAGAACUCAUCAAUAUCCGGUGAAACCCUGUAACAAAUCUUCUCAACGUGCAGAUCAACUUCAACAUGAGUGAAGAGAAAGAUCCCAUCACCUUGACCCCAGGCAAGGGCGGCGCCUUUGAGCGUGUCGACGCCCAGUUCCGGAACUUCAUCUCCAGCGACCCCAACGCCAAGUUCCCGGCCGAAAAGGGCCGCUAUGCGCUCUACGUCAGCCCGGGAUGCCCAUGGUGCCACCGCGUCAUGAUCGUCCGCGCCCUCAAGGGCCUACAAGACGUCGUAGACCUCUACACCUGCGCAGUGGUCAUGGGCAAGGAAGGUUGGCACUUUGACGACGGUCCCGAGGCCGCCGCCAUCGGCGUCCUGCCCGAGGACCCCGUCUACGGCUUCAAGACCAUCAGGGAGCUCUACCGCAAGGCCAGCCCGGGCUACGACGGCCGCGUCACCGUCCCCGUCCUCUGGGACAAGAAGACGCACGCGCUCGUCAGCAACGAGUCGAGCGAGAUCAUCCGCAUGUUCUCCGCCGAGUUCGACCCCCUCCUCCCCGCCGCCGACCGCGAGUGCAACAGGCCCGGCGGCGGGCUGUACCCGGAGGCCCUGCGGGCCGAGAUCGACGGCAUCAACGACUGGGUCUACCACGCCGUCAACAACGGCGUCUACAAGUGCGGCUUCGCCUUCAGCCAGGCCGCCUACGACGAGAGCGUCGAGGCCCUGUUCGCGGCGCUCGACCGGCUCGAGGACCUCCUCAAGGACCGGCCGUUCCUCCUCGGCGACCACGUCACCGAGGCCGACGUCCGGCUGUUCCCGACCCUCGCGCGCUUCGACGUUGCCUACGCCACGGUCUUCAUGUGCAACCUGGGCACGAUCCGCGGCGACUACCCGAACCUCCACCGGUGGCUGAGGAGGCUGUACUGGGACCGCGGCGCGGGCACGCGCGGGGGGGCCUUCUUCGACACGACCGCGACCUGGCUGCCGCUGUACAAGGCGGGCUACGCCCAGGGGCGGGCGAGGGUGUUGGGGAUCAGCGGGCCCGUCAUCGUCCCAAAGGGCCCGCGGGUUCUGAUGCACGGCCUGGAAGACGAGGAGAGGUUGGCAUUCUGACAAGUGGCGGGUUCACUUCUUCGCCAUGGUCCAGAACAGCUUUGACCCACAAGGACAUUUGAGGGGGGGGGGGGGGGCUUCUUCUCAGAGAUAUUGUCAGUGCUAUCACAUAUCAUGAUUUCAUGUCCAGUGAUGUUGUUCACCCUAAGAUACUUUCUCAAC